AUGUUACUCAAAGUACUUCAAUACCGUGUUUAUUUUAUUAAUCCUUUUGUUCAUUUUUACUACAGGAAACAGAGUAAAUCAAACACACAGUCGGACACAUCUCAACGAUUACCUGUAUCAUGUGCAAACAGCUCUGCAUUCAGCCAAAGAGGCGAAUCAUCGAACAACACUCUCAAAUCAUCUAUACAUAAUCGCUCAGAGUGGGUCGAUAAGUAUUCAAAAUUGAGUCGUUCUCAUCCAACAAGACGAAAUCGAGGCCAUUUAUCAAAAAGUCUAAGUAUUUGUAUGGAUAGCACAGAAAUAACAGAUUCCGUUGCCAAUCUACCGAAAGAGGUAAUUCCACUCAAUUUCCAUGCUGAUCUAGUGAAUAAGACUGAAGUUGUUCCGAACUGGUUGUUGCUACCAGAUGAAUUAUGGCUUGAAGUCCUACGACUCGUGAGUCCGGUAGAUCGAGUUCGUGUUGCUCAAACCUGUCGACAUCUAUCCAGACUAUCAAUGGACCAUUCACUAUGGCGAGUUAUUCAUUUACACCGGCAACGCAAUUUAACUGAUGCAGAUUUGGUAAGAAUUGGAAACCUUAAACCCAGAGAACUACGUUUCACCUAUUGUCGAGGUGACAGUUUGACGGCUUCAGGUAAGUCGUGAUAAAUACAUGUAUCAACUCUCAAAUACUACCAUCAUAAUACUGGCAACAGUAGUUGUAAUAAUAUAAUGGUAUUAGUAACAUUUGUCUUUCUCACAGCGCGUGUCGUAUUUGCCUGGUUACAACUAUGACAAGGAAAGUUUAGCGCAUCAGGUUGUAGGGUUGUGAGAGUAAAAACUGAUUUUUAAAAACCGUUCAUCUUUUAUGAAAUAGACAUUUCCCUACCACAAUUUACUACUAAGUCUAACGAUCACCAAAGAAGUUUUCAUGUUAAUUACUCCAAUAUUCUGUCUCGAAUAUCCAACCGAUCCCGCAAACCUCUGAAUGAGUAUGUUUUGCAUCCUUC